AUGAGCGCGGCCCGCGGCCGGGGCCGGUGCAGCCCGCUGCCCGCGCUGCAGCAAGUGGCGGAGGGUGCGGGCUCGCUGGCGCGGGCGCUCGGGCGGCCCCCGCGGGGCUACCGCCGCCUGCUCCCAGGCUGCCUCAGGGUGAGCUUCUGGUCCCUCCUGUCCGUCGGGGCCUGCUGCGCACUGCUGCGGGCCGCGUCCUGCCCGUUCCGCCUGCUCCUGCCAGAGAGCGCGGCGCUGGCGCGCUGGACCGACUGGGGGACGCUGGCCUCGGCCGCGGCAAGCUUCGCCGUCUACGCGGUGCAGAGCCUGCUGCCGGGGCUCUGCGGCCCGCUCUUCCUGGGGGCGCUGGAGCUCCGGGACCGGGAGCUGGCGGAGGCGCUGCGCGGGCUGCCGGCGCAGCGGAGCCCCUCGCGGCAGCUGCUGCGCGCCUCCGCGCGGAUGGCGCUGGCCGGCGCGGGGGCGGCGGUGGCCUGCGCACUCGCCGGGCCGGCGGCCGCCUCGCUGAUUCCACCAUCGGGCUGUUCUUAA